GGUACAGAAUUAUGAUGCAAAGGAUGACCUGAAAUUAAAUUUUCACGUAUAAAAAAAGAGGAAGUGUAAUUUAAAAUAAAUAAACUGUGAACUCAUCUAGGCUCGUGCAUAUAAGUUUGACUUACGGGUCUGAAGAGACAGAAAAAAAAGUUUUCAUUGGUUAAAAAUAUAGUGUAUGUAAAGAUUAAACAUUCAGAGCUUCUCUUGUGCAUACAAAAUGGCUUCAGGGGACAACGUGGACGUGAUCGAGGUAGUCGAGACAAGUAUUGCCGGCCUGGCUAACUCUGUCGGUGAUCAUGGGAUUGACAAUUCAGCUGAUGAAGAUAAUAAAUCAACAAAUGAAGAAAAAUUUAAUAUUUAUGAUAGUUCAACAACUCAACAUGGUACUGGUCCUAAAACAUCGACAGGUGUAUCAAAAUACAAAUCUGAGAAAGAAAAAAAGAUUGGACAUCGAAGAGUUGGAGUGGGUGGUGAAAUUACUUAUAAAAAGAUUCAAACAACACAAAUUAUGGGAUCGAUUCAAUUGGGUAUACAACAUGCAAUUGGAGGCCUUGCAAGUAAACCAGAACGUGAUUUACUUAUGCAGGAUUUUAUGACUGUGGAAACCACAAAUUUUCCAAGUGAAGGUUCAAAUCACACCCCUGCUCAUCAUUUUUCUGAAUUCAAAUUCAAAAACUAUGCACCCAUUGCAUUUCGUUACUUUAGAGAUUUAUUUGGUAUUCAACCAGAUGAUUUUCUGAUGUCAAUGUGCAGUGCACCACUUCGUGAAUUAUCAAAUCCUGGUGCCAGUGGAAGUAUUUUUUAUUUAACAGAAGAUGAUGAGUUCAUUAUUAAAACUGUUCAACAUAAAGAAGGUGAAUUUUUACAAACAUUAUUGCCUGGCUACUACAUGAAUUUAAAUCAAAAUCCUAGAACAUUACUACCAAAAUUUUUUGGUUUAUAUUGUUAUCGAUGCAACAGUAAAAAUGUUCGGCUUGUUGCUAUGAAUAAUCUUUUGCCAUCAACAGUUAAACUUCAUCAAAAAUAUGAUUUAAAAGGAUCAACAUGUAAAAGAAAAGCAUCUAAGUCAGAAAGAUCAAAACAUUCACCAACAUAUAAGGAUUUGGAUUUUAUGGAUCACCAUACAGAGGGUAUUUUUCUAGAAUCAGAUACAUUUAGUGCUUUAAUUAAAACAAUUCAACGUGACUGCAGAGUUUUAGAGAGUUUUAAAAUUAUGGAUUAUUCAUUAUUACUUGGAAUACAUAAUCUUGAUCAAGCUGCCAGAGAAAAAACUGAACAGAGACUGUCAACAAAUGAAGAAGAAGAAAUCAGAGAACCUGGUACUGAUGGUAGUGGAUUUAUACAAGCCGAUAAAGAUAGAGAAAGAGAUGAUAGAAUAGGAGCUACAGCUCUUAACAGAUCUCGUAGUAUAAAUCGACAAAGGCUGGUUGCUCACAGUACAGCUAUGGAGAGUAUUCAAGCUGAGAGUGAACCAAUAGAUGAGGAAGACGAUGUACCUUCGGGUGGCAUUCCAGCACGGAACGCACGAGGUGAACGUCUUCUUCUUUUCAUUGGUAUCAUUGACAUUCUUCAGAGUUAUAGAUUAAAAAAAAAAUUAGAACAUACAUGGAAAUCUAUGAUUCAUGAUGGAGAUACAGUCUCAGUACAUCGACCUGGUUUCUACGCUGAACGAUUUCAGAGUUUUAUGGCAAAAACGGUUUUCAAAAAAAUACCUUCGCUGGACCUGCCCGAGAUUAAAGGGAAUCAUCGAAAAUUUCGUAACCUCGUCACCAGCUAUAUAGCAUUAAAGCACUCUCCGUCAAAGAGAAAAAGUAUUUCAAGACCACUGAGACCACUUGAAGGAGAUUUCGAUUCUACAGCGAUUACGGCAACCAGCAGCUCGACUAUGCAUGCUACAUCGCCUACAAAGCUUGUCAAUCAAGAACGAAAAGAGGGUGCAAUAAUAAGUAUCGGUGAUAUAGUUUCUACAUCAUCGAUUCCCAUCGCCACAUCAACACCUGUUAUCAUAUCAACUGGACUAAUAAUUCCAUCGCCUCUUCAAAGCAAAUGUGAACCUAUAUCUAUCACUUCUAAAGCUAUUAAUCAAUAUCCAGUUGUUCUUAAAGGCAGUAAUUUAAGAGCAACGUCUAUUUCUCCACCACAUCAGAAUCGUAUAUCGUCUAUCAAGGUGCCACCGCCAGUUCCACCACGCGGCAGUAUUUCUUGCAAGGGUAAACCUGAACUCUCAUCUUGCCGAGGCGGUACCUUGCCUUCUACUUGUUCAACUCCUCCUCCACCAUUUGAUGAUGCAGUACGUUCGAAUGAUCAAACUUUGGCUACUGGAGAUUAUCAUCCACAGGAUCAUGAUCAUUACCAUCAUCCACAAAAGAGAUCCAUGAGCCCAUCCAUGUUAAUUAGUAAUCUUUCUAGUUCACGUACCAGUCAAAAUAAAGUUGUGCAUUAUGUCACACUUACUAAAACGUCUCACGAUACUGUCAGUAUUUCCGAUGUACACUUGGAAAGCAUUUAUAGUUGUGGUAGUGGAAGCGGUAGUGGAGACGGUCGUCAAACCAAAUCUUCGUUAAGUGUAGAGAGUGGAGGCAGUAGUAGCCGAGGCGCUACCAACACUUGGACAAUACCUGUUGGCAGUGCAGAAGGUUCAACGCCUACUUGGACAGAAGGUACACCAUCUUUCACUGAGAGUUCCAGUAGCGGUGAUAUAGGUUGCCCAACAACCCCAAUUCAUGCAAGUCAAACAGUAAAAAACGAAAGUCGAAUUUCUUCUGUAGAAGAGGCUUUAGCAAGUCUUACCACAGAAAUGGCAUCUUGGAGACAAAAGAUCGAUAAAGAAAAUGAGCUCUGAAACAGUUAAAUUGGAGUAUCUUUAAACUUUUAAAGACACAUCUUUGAAUACAAACAAUUGGGAGCCAGAUGUACUUUAUAAUAAAUAACAGAACAUUACUGUUAGAAAAAUCCAGAUGUAAGCAGACCAUUUCUUUCAGUUCUUCAUGGAAUACACACAUGUAAAUCAAAUACUAAUUAUGUAUGAAUUUCUUAAUUAUAAUGAGUUUAGAAAUCUUACAACUAAAAAUAUUAAUUUAUUGAUAGU